GAAUAUAUGAAAAACGACGGUGGUAUUUUAGAGUGGCUAAUGACACGCAACAGCGCAAACAAUCUUUAUUAAUUGAAUAAUUAAAGUAUAUGCUUUCUGGCUGAUAUUCUUGAACACGAAACAUGUAGUUUCUUGUAUUUCUCUUUAUUUUGCUGCAGGAUUUGUGUGCCACUAUUCUUUGUCAUCAUGUGCAUAUAUGUGCUUCCUCGCUUUGUAACUGGACCGGAUGCCAAAGGGUUUUUCCGGACGUUUGACAAGGAGAUUGCUGAAACCGGGUGGACCCUGCUUCUGCAGAUUAGAAAUUUCUUCCAAGUUACCGAACGGACCCUUCUUCUUCAUCUAUGGUACUUGUCUGCAGACUUCCAGCUUUUCGUGCUCUCUCUUCUCAUUCUACUCGUGUUGAAAAAGUGGAAAAAGUUGGCGCUGGGAACGUUCAGCGUGCUUUCACUUUUGGGCUGUGCCAUCGCAAUGUGGACAGCGACUAAUCCAAAUGUUUUACCCUUUAUGACCUAUCCUGCUUACACAAAAAGCCUACUAAUGACAACAAUGAACCUACACUACAUGCGACCUUUCUAUCACGCCGUAUGCUUCUUCAGCGGUUGCAUGACGUUACUCGUCUUGGACGACUUCAGCACCCGUAAAAUUUCUAAGACCAUGCAGCUUAUGUGCUGGUGCGUGGCCGUCACCAGUGCGCUCUGCGUCCUCUUCAUGAAGAUUCCCUGGUACAAGAGUCCUGAUGCCCCCUCUGAAGUCUCAAAACUGCUGGCAACCUUCUUCGAGCGAAUCCUGUGGUCGCUGUUCCUUGCCUGGUUCACGUUAUCUUGCGCAACGGGACGAGGAGGAUUCGUCGGUCGAUUUCUGUCUUCGAGCGUCUUCGCACCGCUAAGCAGGCUAUCAUUUUGCGUGUACCUCAUACAUUACCCCUUCAUCAUGAUAAUGUUACACGCGUCCAGGGAGCGUAUCCACUAUUCUCACUUUACUCAGGUGACCCUAUUCUUUGGGGUGUUCAUCUGGAGCAACCUGCUGGCGUACAUGGCAUACCUCGUAUGCGAGGCCCCAACAGCAGCGCUGGACAAGCUGGCCUUUCAAAGACAAAGAGAUCGAGGAAAUUCCGUGGAGCACGAACCUCGGCCUGACAGUGGCGAUACAGUUUUAAAACUCGGAGACGCUUCAGCUCAUUCGUUCUCUGCUCGUCUUUAACAUCAUCGAAUGUAUAUAUCCUUUAAGCAAAUCUUUUUGCCACUCUCUUCACCUAAUAUAUUUAUCUGCUUGCGACACUUUAUGAGCAAGCAGUUCACAUACAACGUACAUCGACAUCACAUCAGCGAUUCUUAAGAUGGGGCUCAACGUUCCGUCAAUAUUUCAUUUCCAUGUAGAAAUUUCAAUAAACAUUCCCAAGUGAACGAAAACUUC